AUGGAGGAUUCUGGGAGCAUUCAGCUGCCACUCCCUAAGGAAAUGGAGGAAGAUGGUUCUCUUCUAAGGACCAUGGCUGUAGGACCCAAGAUACUUCAGCUUUGGCUGGUGCUGAAUGUACUUUAUUGUGUGGAUGACCCACUUAAUGGCUCUCCAUCUGCUCUGGUUCACACUUUGCAGAAUGUGUGUGCUCUCAAGUCCAGACAGGCAGGCAGGCUUGCUACGGCAAUGUUCAGUUUGUGCAUGGUGGAAAGUGGAGCUGAUGAAGUGAAUUUACAUGGUGUGACUAGCCUUGGUUUAAAGCAAGCCUUGGAGUUUGCAUACACAGGACAGAUUCUUUUGGAGCCGGGAGUGAUUCAAGAUGUGUUGGCAGCUGGAAGUCAUCUUCAGCUACUGGAACUCCUCAAUUUAUGUUCCCACUAUCUCAUCCAGGAAUUAAAUAGCUUUAAUUACUUGGAUCUGUACAGACUUGCUGACCUCUUUAAUCUCACUUUGCUGGAGAAGGCAGUGAUCGAUUUUUUAGUAAAACACCUCUCUGAACUCCUGAAGAGUCACCCUGAAGAAGUUCUAACACUUCCUUAUUGCCUGCUUCAAGAGGUCCUGAAGAGUGACCAGCUGACAUCCCUAAGUGAAGAGCAAAUCUGGCAGCUAGCUGUGAGGUGGUUGGAACACAACUGCCAUUACCAGUACAUGGAUGAGCUCUUGCAGUACAUUCGUUUUGGCUUAAUGGAUGUGGACACCCUUCAUACGGUGGCACUGUCUCAUCCCCUGGUCCAAGCCAGUGAGACGGCAACAGCCCUCGUCAAUGAGGCCUUAGAAUACCACCAGAGCAUCUAUGCACAGCCAGUGUGGCAGACCCGGAGGACCAAACCCCGCUUCCAGUCGGACACACUCUAUAUCAUUGGUGGGAAAAAGCGGGAGGUCUGCAAAGUCAAAGAGCUACGGUAUUUCAAUCCAGUGGACCAAGAUAAUGCCCUAAUAGCUGCAAUAGCCAACUGGAGUGAACUGGAACCAAUGCCAGUUGGCAGGAGCCACCAUUGUGUGGCUGUCAUGGGGGACUUUCUUUUUGUAGCAGGUGGGGAAGUAGAACACGCAACUGGGCGGACGUGCGCUGUUCGGACUGCCUGUCGCUACGAUCCCCGCAGUAACUCCUGGGCUGAGAUUGCACCCAUGAAAAACUGCCGGGAACAUUUUGUGCUGGGAGCAAUGGAUGAAUAUCUUUAUGCUGUGGGAGGCCGGAAUGAGCUGCGUCAAGUUCUGCCAACAGUGGAGCGAUACUGUCCCAAGAAGAACAAAUGGACUUUUGUACAGUCCUUUGACCGGUCUCUUUCAUGCCAUGCAGGAUAUGUAGCGGAUGGUCUUCUUUGGAUAUCAGGUGGGGUAACUAAUACUGCACAAUAUCAGAACAGACUGAUGGUGUAUGAACCCAACCAGAAUCAGUGGAUCAGCCGAAGCCCCAUGCCGCAGAGGAGGGUCUACCACUCCAUGGCCGCUGUCCAGAGGAAGCUCUAUGUUCUUGGGGGCAACGACCUAGACUACAACAACGAUCGCAUCCUCGUGCGACAUAUAGAUUCCUAUAACAUAGAUACAGACCAGUGGACACGCUGCAAUUUCAACCUCCUAACUGGUCAAAACGAAUCCGGAGUUGCUGUCCAUAAUGGAAGAAUAUAUUUAGUUGGUGGCUAUUCGAUUUGGACAAAUGAGCCUCUGGCAUGUAUCCAGGUGUUGGAUGUCAGCCGAGAAGGCAAAGAAGAGGUGUUCUAUGGACCUACCCUUCCUUUUGCUUCCAAUGGGAUAGCGGCAUGCUUCCUUCCAGCUCCGUAUUUCACAUGUCCUAACCUCCAAACCCUGCAAGUGCCUCAUCACAGGAUCGGCAAUGUCUGA